AUGUCGCAGAUCAUACCGCAGGAUCCGAGCGCUCUCGACUCUUCUGCUGUUACCGCCAAGUCACGCUACCGCGAAGACUUAUGCGACAAUCGUGUCAGUGGAGAUGUCUCUGGCGAGACGCUGGCCGAUGAUCUCCUUGGCCAUCUUGGUUACGACCCUCAGCUCAAGCGAAACCGGUCUACGGCUCACGUCGCUUUCAUGGCCUUUGAGGCGGUCCAGUGA